AUGUCCCUGGCAUUCCGUCUCUACGUUUUCCCUGCUCGACCCCCAUCUGUACCACUUGCUGUCAAGUCACCAUACCUGAGUACCUGGCAGAACGCCGGUAGUGACGGCGGAAAUGGUGGAUAUCUCGCUGGUCAAUGGCCUACCUUUUGGCAGAACCAAGUCACCGGCUGGGCUGGUCUCAUUCGAGUUGAUGGCAAUACCUACACCUGGAUGGGGUUGCCUGGCUCGAAAACCGUCAAUCAGACUGCUUUCGAAUACACCUCGACAAAGAGCAUUUUCACGAUGAACGUUGCGAACAAGCUGGAGAUGAACAUUACAUUCCUUUCGCCUAUUACUCCAACUGAUUACCGACGCCAAUCCCUUGUCUACGCGGAUAUCUCUGCCGAGUGGGUAUCUGGUGACCGCAAUGCAAUUGCCCAAUGGGAUUAUGGAACCACCGACGAUGUUGCUUACCAUAAGGUCUAUCGUCAGACCCAGCUAGCAUUUUCACAGAAAAAUGAGCAGGCCGAGUGGGGCUACUGGUACUGGGCGACUGAUGUCGAUAAGGACAUGACGCACCAGUCUGGAGCAGAUGUCGAUGUUCGCGGGCAGUUCUCGAGCAACGGUGUUCUUUCCAACACCGCAGACACCAAGUACCGCGCUAUUUCAGACAAGUGGCCUGUCUUUGCCUUUUCAUACGACCUCGGCAACGUUAGCUCGAAACCUGUUGACACUCUUUUUUUCUCUCGUUCUAUUCCGUCCCUCUGGAAGAGCUACUUUGAUACUGAGCUUGAGGCUUUGUCUUUCUUCCACCACGACUUUAGAGCAUCUAACUAUCUUUCCAGCUCAUUUGACAGUCAGGUGGCCAAGGAUUCGAUUGCUGUCGCUGGCCAGAACUAUCUCACGAUUACUUCGCUCUCGGCCCGCCAGGCGUUUGGUGCAACCCAACUGUGUGGUACAGAGGAGAAAAUGUACCUGUUCAUGAAGGAGAUUUCGUCUGACGGUAACAUGAACACGGUCGACGUUGUUUUCCCUGCCUACCCUAUCUUCCUCUACUCCAACCCGGAGCUUUUGAAGCUGGUUCUCGAGCCGCUGUACGAAAACCAGGAGGCUGGAAAAUACCCCAACACCUACGCCAUGCACGAUAUGGGAUCCAACUAUCCCAAUGCCACAGGCCACCCUGAUGGAAGGGAUGAAGCUAUGCCGCUAGAGGAAUGUGGAAAUAUGAUCAUCAUGACCCUGGCAUAUGCCAAGGAGGCCAAGGAUACCGAUUAUCUGAAUGAGCACUACGAUAUUCUCAAGAAGUGGACCAGCUACCUUGUCGAAGACGCCUUGUAUCCGGCGAACCAAAUCUCGACCGAUGACUUCGCGGGAUCUCUUGCCAACCAAACCAAUCUGGCCCUGAAGGGUAUGAUCGGCAUCCAGGCCAUGGCUGUGAUUGCCAAUGAGACCGGCCACACAUCCGAUGCAGCCAGUUAUUCCUCAAUUGCUCAUGAUUACAUUACCCAAUGGCAAGAGCUUGGUAUCAACAAGGACGCCAGUCCGCCACACACCACACUCUCGUAUGGUGAUGCCAACAGCCACGGUCUUCUUUACAAUCUCUUUGCCGAUGCUCAGCUUGGUCUCAAUCUGGUUCCGCAGUCCGUCUACCAGAUGCAGAGUGACUUUUACCCUACCGUUGCCAACGAAUAUGGUGUUCCUCUUGACACGCGUCACACUUUGACCAAAGGUGAUUGGGAAUGCUUCGUUGCGGCCGUUGCUUCGGUAAGCACCAGAUCGAUGCUCAUCGGCCAAUUGGCUACCUGGCUCAACGAGACACCCACCAACCGCCCCCUGACUGACCUGUACGAGACGGUUACCGGAAAUUACCCCUCCUCGCCUAUCUUUGUCGCUCGACCAGUCAUCGGUGGAUCCUUUGCGCCGCUCCUGGUCACGAGCAAGUGA